AUCAGCGGCGACGCCAAGGGUGCGCCCAACGGCGACCGCUGUCACCUCUGGACGACCGUCACAACGCGUCGCCAUCCCGCGCAGGAAUGGCUGCUGGAAGGUCCUUUGAUCAAGUCAAUCAAAGACACGACCAAGUGCAUCCAUGUAGCGAGCGGCGCGUCCCCAGGCACAUUUAACGGUGACGUGUGCCACCUCUGGCGCACCGUGCCGGGUGCCCACGCCGCUCAAGAGUGGUCGUUCGAUGGCAAGCGCAUCGUGUCGGCAAAAGAUUCGACCAAGUGCAUUCACGUGGCCAGCGGCAUGGCGCACCCGUCGUUCAACGGCGAUGUGUGCCAUCUCUGGGACGUCCAACCCGGCGACUACCCUGCACAGGAGUGGACGCUCGUCCCCGUCGCCGAGGCGUAA